CUCAGCCCUCCUCGGCGCCCACCAUUUCGGGGCUCCGGGACUGUAGGGGACCCUUCCAGUCCCCAGAGCCGAGGCCAGCAGGGACAGAGACUAUGAGGCAAGCAGCCCACCGACCCAGGCCUCCUUAAGACCAGCCCAGCCGCCUAGCAAGCUGGCGGGCAGCAGCGGAGAGAGAAGGAGAUAAAGGACCACAGCAGACCUUUGGGGAUCAGCCCAGCAGCUCCUGUGGACCCUAGCCAGGCUGAGGGAUCGUGCUGGAUGGUCAGACUCACAGCCGCUGACGGACACCCCAUGACAGCGAUGCACACGGCAGCACAGCACUGAGACACUCAGACACAACCGGUGACAGCAUCACACACUGCCACAGCCCUGCGAUACAGACAGCCGCACACAGAAACAACUGGUAACUCUGAAACAGGCGCAGACAGUGUCACACAGAACCACUACCCCCUGGCACGCACAAGUGGGGGAACCCAUCCUCCAAACACACACAGCAGCGCUGACCGGCACAGGCAGACCUGGAGACACACGCACACCCUCACCCGGGCACUGCUGUCGGUGGCCUCUGCACAUCCUCCCCACCCCCACGGGGACACCCUUGCUCCUCCACACACUUGCGUGCACACACAGCCACGAACAGACACACCUCGCAUACCCCCAGCUCAGCUCUGGCAGCCCCGGCUCCUGCAGCCUCCUUUGUGGGUGAGGAAGAACUCAGUCAACCUCGGAUGGAGCUUCGGUGAAGCCAGGAGCUCAGAGAGGAAAGGGUCUGGCCUGGUGUGACUCUCACCAGCCCCUCCACCUGGCUGGGUGAUGUCCCCCCGCCCGGGUCCUGGGGACCCUUGGCAGAACCAUGGAGCAACUGACACCCCUUCCCCGGCUGGGGGACCCCGGAAACAUGGAGCUGUGGGCACUGCCCGCCUGGCAGAGCUGGACUCCAGGCCAGGGGGGCGAACCUGGAGGUACAUCCCCAAGCAUUGCCGAUAUUCCGGCAGCUCUGCGUGUUGGAGACCUGAGGCCUGAGGAGAGCUCCGAGCCCGAGGGAGCCCAAAGCCCCGGGUCUGUGGGGGGCAUCCAGCCUGAAAGAACAGACACUGGGCUGCCCAGCCCCGGGCCGGGAGCACUGAGCUCUGGACUCAGCUGCCAGAGGCUGGAGGGCAAGGAGGUGGAGGCUUUCUCUAAGGGCAAGCUGAAAAUGGGCUUUGGGGACAGGCCCAAUCUGGAGCUGCUGAGGGCCGUGGGGGAGCUGCAGCAGCGCUGUGCCAUCCUGAAGGAGGAGAACCAGAUGCUGAGGAAGAGCAGCUUCCCCGAGACGGAGGAGAAGGUGCGGAGACUGAAGCGGAAGAACGCAGAGCUGGCGGUCAUUGCCAAGCGCCUGGAGGAGAGAGCCCGGAAGCUGCAGGAGACCAACCUGCGGGUGGUGAGCGCUCCCAUGCCCAGUCCAGGGGCCAGCUUGGAGUUGUGCCGGAAGGCCCUGGCCCGCCAGCGAGCCCGGGACCUCAGUGAGACAGCCAGUGCCCUGCUGGCCAAGGACAAGCAGAUUGCUGCCUUGCAGCGGGAGUGCAGGGAGCUGCAGGCCAGGCUCACCCUGGCUGGCAAGGAGGGCCCCCAGUGGCUCCACGUGCGGGACUUCGACCGGCUGCUGCGGGAGUCCCAGCGGGAGGUGCUGCGGCUGCAGAGGCAGAUCGCCUUGCGCAACCAGAGGGAGCCGCCCCCGCCGCCUCGGCCCCCAGGCCUGGCCGCCCCGGCCAGAGCAGGGGCGCCCGCCCCCGGGGCCCCGGGAGAGGUGAGCGUCGGCGCAUGGGCAGCCACCCGGGGCCCAGCCCGCGCCGCCGCCUCCCGCCGCAGCCGCCGCAGCGCGGGGACGCCCCCUUCAGCGCCCGCCUGGUCCGUCAGGCCCGGCCCGGCUACUCGGGGGCGGCAGUGUGUCCGUCCCCAGCUCCAGGCCACGCCCCAGGAGGAUGUGGAAAACCCACCCGUGGUCCUAGGGGAGCCAGAGAAACAGCAGAGGGUGCAGCAGCUGGAAUCAGAGCUCAGCAAGAAGCGGAAGAAAUGCGAGAGCCUGGAGCAGGAAGCCCGGAAAAAGCAGAGGCGAUGUGAGGAGCUGGAACUGCAGCUGAGGGAAGCCCAGAGUGAGAAUGCCCGCCUCGUGGAGGAGAACUCUCGGCUCAGUGGGAGAGCCACGGAGAAGGAGCAGGUGGAAUGGGAGAACGUGGAGCUGAGGGGCCAGCUCCUGGGAGUGACGCAGGAGAGGGACUCGGCCCUUCUCAAGAGCCGGGGCCUGCAGAGCAAGCUGGAGAGCCUGGAGCAGGUGCUGAAGCACAUGCGGGAGGUGGCCCAGAGGAGGCAGCAGCUGGAGGUGGAGCAUGAGCAGGCGCGGCUUCGCCUGCAGGAGAAGCAGGAGGAGGUCCGGAGGCUGCAGCAGGCCCAGGCAGAAGCCCAGAGGGAACACGAAGGGGCCGUGCAGCUGCUGGAGUCUACCCUGGAUUCCAUGCAGGUCCGGGUUCGAGAGCUGGAGGAGCAGUGCCGCAGCCAGACUGAGCGCUUCAGCCUCCUGGCGCAGGAGCUCCAGGCCUUCCGCCUGCACCCGGGCCCCUUGGAUCUGCUCACCUCCGCCCUGGGCUACAGUACCCUUGGGGACCGCCCGCCACCCCCCUGCUGCUCCACCCCCCAGCCCUGCCGGGGGUCUGGCUCCAAAGACCUUGACCUCCCGCCAGGCUCCCCAGGGCGCUGCACCCCAAAGUCUUCCGAGCCUGCCCCUGCCACCCUUGCUGGGGGCCCCCGAAGGACGGCCAAGAAGGCAGAGUCUCUGUCCAACUCCUCUCGCUCCGAGUCCAUCCACAACAGCCCCAAGUCAUGCCCUACGCCCGAGGUGGACACAGCCAGCGAGGUGGAGGAGCUGGAGGCAGACAGCGUCUCCCUGCCGCCAGCAGCCCCGGAGGGCAGCCGGGGAGAAGCCAGGAUCCAGGUCUUCCUCGCUCGCUACAGCUACAACCCCUUCGAGGGCCCCAAUGAGAACCCAGAGGCAGAGCUUCCGCUUACUGCUGGCGAGUACAUCUACAUCUAUGGCAACAUGGACGAGGAUGGCUUCUUUGAAGGGGAGCUCAUGGACGGCCGAAGGGGCCUGGUCCCUUCCAAUUUUGUAGAGCGUGUGUCCGACGACGACCUCCUGACCUCCCUGCCUUCAGAGCUGGCUGAUCUGUCCCACAGUUCAGGCCCUGAACUCAGUUUCCUGAGUGGCGGCGCGGGCGGCAGCAGUAGCGGAGGCCAGAGCAGCGGGGGACGCAGCCAGCCCAGAACAGAGGAAGAGGCUGCAGGGGACGAGCUCAGGCUGAGCCCCUCGCCCGAGGGCCUGGGCGAGCCCCCUGCCGCGCCUCACCCCCGCUGUCUGGCUGUCCUCAAGCAGCUGGCCCACAGCGUGGUGCUGGCCUGGGAGCCGCCUCCUGAACGCGUGGAGCUGCGUGGCUACCACAUCUGUGUGAAUGGGGAGCUGCGGCAGGCCCUGGGGCCCGGGGCGCCCCCCACGGCUGUGCUUGAGAAUCUGGACCUGCAGACUGGGCCCCUCCGUGUCUCUGUUCAGGCCCUGACCAGCUGGGGCGGCUCUGACCCUCUGCGCUGUUGCUUGGUGCUAGGGGCCGGGGCCGGGGUGGCACCUAGCCAGCUGCGGGUCCAUCGACUGACAGCCACGUCCGCUGAGAUCACCUGGGCGCCCGGCAAUAGCAACUUGGCCCAUGCCAUCUACCUCAAUGGGGAGGAGUGCCCCUCUGCCUGCCCUAGCACCUACUGGGCCACCUUCUGCCACCUGCGGCCUGGUACACUCUAUCAGGCCCGAGUGGAGGCUCAGCUCCCACCUCGAGGGUCCUGGGAGCCAGGCUUAGAGAGGCCAGAGCAACGGGCUGCCACCCUGCAGUUCACCACACUCCCAGCAGGCCCACCUGAUGCCCCCCUGGAUGUGCAGGUUGAGCCAGGCCCCUCCCCUGGAAUCUUGCUCAUCAGCUGGCUCCCGGUAACAAUCGAUGCUGCCGGUACCUCCAACGGCGUCCGCGUCACAGGCUAUGCCAUUUAUGCCGAUGGGCAGAAGAUCAUGGAGGUGGCCUCCCCCACGGCAGGCAGCGUGCUGGUGGAGUUGUCGCAAUUGCAGCUGCUGCAGGCGUGCCGCGCGGUGGCCGUGCGCACCAUGUCGCCCCACGGCGAGUCGGCCGACUCCAUCCCGGCUCCCGUCGCCCCCGCCCUGGCUGAGGCCUCCUCACCAGCCAGGGUCUCCUGCCCCUCCCCACGACUGGGCUCGGAGGCCAGACCGCCCCUUGCUCCAGCCUCCCCGGGGCCUGGAGACCCCAGCUCUCCCCUCCGGUGCCCCAACCCCCGUGGAGCUCGAGAGCCCCCCAGGGGCUCCCCAGCAAGCUGUCCCGGAGAGACACCAAAAGGAUCCUCAGAGGAGCCCCCGGUGCCUGGCUCUCAGGAGGAGGCUGGGGCAGCCGAGCUGGGGGCCCCAGGAGACAGGAAGGCCAGUGAGCCAACCUCGGGAGAGCGAGUUCCUGGCCCUGCAGCUUCCUCCCUGGCCGAGGAGAAGGCUGAGUGGACUGUGGGAGAGGCCCGCCCGGCCCCUGGCUCCACCCAGGGAGCGCUGGCCCAGAGGCUGCCCUGUGCUGAGGCCUGCCGUGCAGGAGACACAGGGCCUGGGCUGAGGCCCAGGGCUGAGAGAGAGGACACGGCCGAGCUUGGGGUCCGUCUGGGGAGCGCCCUUGUGGACCAUGGCCGCAACUCAGAUCUGUCAGACAUCCAAGAGGAGGAGGAGGCCGAGGCAGAGGAGCUGGGUGUCAGGACUUGCUCCUCCCCGACGCAGGGUGCUGGCAACAGCCUCAGGGACAAUGGGGCCCAGCCCCAGCCCGACCCCUUCUGUGAGACUGACAGCGACGAGGAGAUCUUGGAGCAGAUCCUGGAGCUGCCUCUCCAGCAGUUCUGCAGCAAGAAGCUCUUUAGCAUCCCUGAGGAGGAGGAAGAAGAGGACGAAGAGGACGAGAAGAGGCGGGGGGCAGGCUCUUCUUCCCGGGACCCUGAUCCGCCUGAGCCUGCAUUCCUGGGGCUGGGCUGUGACAGCGGUCGGCCCCGAGGACCUGGCCUAUGUCCUUUGUCUCCCGAGCCCUCCAGGGCUGGGGACCGCCUGGAGGACCUGCCUGGACUCGUUGGUGGAAGCAGCUGGAGAAAAGGAAGUGGCUCUCCCGAGAAGCCCCCCAGCCGCAGGCGGUCCCCAGAUCCCCGUGAACACUGCAGCCGACUUCUCAGCAACGGCGGGUCCCAAGCCUCCGGACGACCGGGCCCCGCCCGGGAGAGGGGCGGCCCCCCCGUGGGCGAGGGCACCAGGGCUGGACCGGAGGCUGGUGGGAGAGGGCGGCCGGCCCCUUCGAGGAGGUGUCCCCGUGGCCCAGCCCCAGAAUCGGGCCUGGCCAGCUGCCUCUCCCCCAAGUGCUUGGAAAUCAGCAUCGAAUAUGAUUCUGAGGAUGAGCAAGAGACGGGCGGCGGGGGCGUCAGCGGCACCAGCUCCUGCUACCUCGGAGAUGGGGAGGCGUGGGGUGCAGCACCCACGGGAAGGCCCAGGGGGCCUCCGAAGGCCAAUUCAGGCCCCAACCCCUACCCACACCUCCCGGCCUGGGAGAAAGGGGAGCCAGAGCGGAGAGGCCGCAGUGCCGCUGGCAGAGCCAAGGAGUCACCCUCCCGGGCAACAGAGACUGGGGAGCCCAGAGGGCAGGACGGCUCUGGGCGGAGGGGCCCCCAGCGGAGAGGGGGCCGGGCCCCCAGGCCAGGCUCCGCGGAGCUGGCCCCUCCGAGGAGCCCUCCAGAAGAAGCACUGGCUUACCAGGACCUACCUGUCAGGGUCUUUGUGGCUCUGUUUGACUAUGACCCCGUGUCGAUGUCUCCCAACCCUGAUGCCGGGGAAGAGGAGCUCCCCUUCCAGGAGGGCCAGAUCCUGAAGGUGUUUGGGGACAAGGAUGCCGAUGGCUUCUAUCGGGGUGAAGGCGGGGGCCGGAUGGGCUACAUCCCGUGCAACAUGGUGUCCGAGGUGACUGCGGACAGUCCUGCAGGGAGACAGCAGCUGCUCCAGCGGGGCUAUUUGUCCACAGAUGUUCUCGUUGAGGGUUCAGGGAACGGUCCCUUUGUCUACUCCACAGCUCGCACAGCUGGGCCUCCCCCCAAGCCCCGCCGCUCCAAGAAAGCUGAGUCCGAAGGCCCUGCCCAGCCCUGUGCAGGCGCCUCCCAGCCGGUCUCCUCUACUGGCCUGAAAGCUCCCCGCUCCAUGGUGGCUGCAUUUGACUACAACCCUCGGGAGAGUUCCCCCAACAUGGAUGUGGAGGCAGAGCUGCCCUUCCGGGCAGGGGACGUCAUCACUGUGUUUGGGGGCAUGGACGAUGAUGGUUUCUACUAUGGGGAACUGAAUGGACAGCGGGGCCUGGUUCCAUCCAACUUCUUGGAGGGCCCUGGGCCUGAGGCAGGCGGCUCAGACAGGGAGCCCGGGACACCCCAGGCCGAGGGGCAGCCCUGGGCCAGCUCAACCCAAGGGCCCCCAGCGCCGCCCGGCUGGCCCUGUGCUCCCGGCCCUGGCCGCUUCUCCGGGAUUGAAUGGGGGGCACCACAGGGCCCGAGCAAGAAGGUGUGGGGUCUCCUCUCCAAGGGGAAGCAGCUCCUCAGGAAACUGGGCUCUGGGAAGAAGGAGUGAUGCUGCGGCCCGUCCUGCAGGCCCGAGGCCCCGGCGCACUGUCCCGGCUGCUUGGGGAAGGCCCUGGACUCUCGUUCUCCCGAGCCAGUGCCCUGGCACUCGGAUGGGAAUUCUACUCGGUGAAGGUCAGAGCUAGAUGAGCCCUUGCGGAUGCGUCCUCUGGGUGGGCAUCUUCCUCCGACAGGAGGGCGGCCUGAGCCGCAGCGUGCGGAAGCGAGUCGGCCACCGGGGCUGAGCACCUGGGUCACAGAGCCAGGCCUGGAUGUGGACUCGUGCCUCCUGCUUCUCCCACCCCCGCCUGGUGUCCAGCAUGCCAUGCGAGUCCCUUCUUGGCCUCCACACGCCUGGCCCUGGGACCCUGCUCCCUCCGACGGCGCUGGCCAACCUCAUCAAGUCUUCCCUCCCUGAAGGAGAGUUUGCACUGGAUUCUGCCCAGCCCCCCACCCCCGGGCGGGCAGGGGGGUGGAGCCAUGUAUAUAUGUACAUACCCAGUGCCUCAGCCCAGCUUCCUCCGUCUCCCUUCCACUGCACAGGCCCGGGAAGGACCCCGGUCGUAGCACUGCCCUCCUGCCAGCCGCCCUCCUGGCCUGAGCCCCGGGCCAGCGGGCAGAAAGCAGGAGCUGGGUUUGCCUUAUUUUGCUCAUCAGAUUCAACUUCUCUUUUGCAUCGUUUUCCUCUGGCCCCUGUUGGAGUGGGGGGCCUGGGGAAGAGGACAGAUUUAUGCAGCUAUUUUCAUACAUUCCCUGUUCAGAUUGGGGUGGGGGCUCUCCCCCCUUACCCUAGCCACCUCCCUCCCCCUCCCCCUCCCCCUCCCGCUGGGUGAGCGUCUCUGCAUGUUUCCUUUGCUGUGGUGGGAGAUUGAUUGUUGGACUGAAUGCCCCCCCGCCCCCGACCACCACCUUGGUCUCCAGGGGUGUGGAAUGGUGGGGGCAUUUAUUUAAAGAGACAUUUUAUUAUAAUAAAGUCUAUUUUCACAAAUCC